AUGCCUGGGGGCCCGGGCGCGCCCUCCUCUCCCGCAGCAUCCGCAGGUUCCUUCCCUGCCGCGCCGUCGGGGAUCGCGGCAUGCCCAUCGCCCCCGCAACCCCUGGCCGAGGGGUCUUCACGGGUCUCCGGUCCCCGGCGCGGCGCCAGCGUCCCACAGAAGCUGGCGGAGACUCUGAGCAGCCAAUACGGGCUGAAUGUGUUCGUGGCAGGGCUGCUGUUCCUGCUGGCCUGGGCGGUGCACGCGGCGGGUGUGGGCAAGAGCGACCUCCUGUGCGUGCUGACCGCGCUCAUGCUGCUGCAGUUGCUCUGGAUGCUGUGGUACGUGGGCCGCAGCUAUGUGCAGCGCCGCCUCAUCCGCCUCAAGGACACACACGCGGGUGCGCGCUGGCUCCGUGGUAGCAUCACACUGUUCGCCUUCAUCACCAUCAUCCUGGGAUGCUUGAAAGUCGCUUACUUCAUUGGAUUUUCCGAGUGCUUGUCAGCCACGGAGGGAGUGUUCCCCGUCACCCACGCUGUGCAUACACUGCUGCAGGUCUAUUUUCUCUGGGGCCACGCUAAGGAUAUUAUCCUGUCUUUCAAAACACUGGAAAGGUUCGGGGUGAUCCACUCGGUGUUCACGAACUUGCUGUUGUGGGCCAACAGCGUCCUGAAUGAGUCAAAGCACCAACUGAACGAGCACAAAGAGCGGCUUAUCACGCUGGGCUUCGGCAACAUCACCAUAGUUUUGGAUGACCAUACACCACAGUGUAACUGCACGCCCCCAGCGCUCUGCUCUGCUCUCUCCCAUGGAAUCUACUACCUGUACCCCUUCAACAUCGAGUACCAGAUCCUGGCCUCCACCAUGCUCUAUGUGCUCUGGAAGAACAUUGGGCGCAGGGUGGACAACUCCCGGCAUCAGAAGAUGCAGUGCAGAUUCGACGGGGUCCUGAUGGGCUCGGUUCUGGGCCUGACAGUGCUGGCUGCCACCAUCACCGUGGUUGUGGUGUACAUGAUCCAUAUCGGACGCUCCAAGUCCAAGAGCGAGUCGGCGCUCAUCUUGUUCUACUUGUAUGCUAUCACGGUGCUGCUGCUCAUGGGGGCUGCUGGGCUGGUAGGAACCUGGAUUUACAGGGUGGAUGAGAAAUCCCUGGAUGAGUCCAAAAACCCUGCACGUAAGCUGGAUGCUGACCUCUUGGUGGCCACAGCCUCAGGCUCAUGGCUCCUCUCCUGGGGCUCCAUUUUGGCCAUCGCUUGUGCUGAGACCCGUCCGCCAUACACCUGGUACAAUCUGCCCUACUCUGUCCUGGUGAUCGUGGAGAAGUAUGUCCAGAACCUUUUCAUCAUCGAGUCAGUGCACCGCGAGCCCGAGGGCAUCCCGGAGGAUGUGCGCACUCUGCGCGUGGUCACCGUCUGCAGUGGUGAAGCCGCUGUGCUAGCUGCAUCUAGCCUUGGGAGCCAGGGGUUGUCUCGGGAUGAAUCACCUGCGGUCAAUGGAAAUCUGCGUCUGCAGCAGGGAUAUCGUAAAGAGGACCAGGAGGCUGGCUGGGAAGGGGCUGCGGGCACAGCCCGAUGUCCGGACUUCCUGCAGGGUGGAGUCAAGAGGAGGAUCCUCAGAAACAUCACAGCCUUUCUGUUCCUUUGCAACAUCUCGCUUUGGAUCCCUCCUGCCUUUGGCUGCCGCCCUGAGUAUGACAACGGAUUAGAGGAAAUCGUCUUCGGCUUUGAACCCUGGAUAAUCGUGGUCAACCUGGCCAUGCCCUUCUCUAUUUUCUACCGGAUGCACGCAGCUGCUGCCCUCUUUGAGGUCUAUUGUAAGAUCUAG